CUGUAUGUUUUAUUGAGUGACUAUUUCUCUCUCUCAACAGGGGUGUGAUUGGGAAACAGGGUUACCAGUGUCAAGUGUGCACAUGUGUAGUCCAUAAGCGCUGCCACGAGCUCAUCAUCACAAAAUGUGCUGGGAUGAAGAAAGACAAAGAGGACACCACACCAGAGGAGGUUGGAUCCCAGCGGUUCAGUGUUAAUAUGCCUCAUAAAUUUGGUAUUCACAACUUCAAAGUCCUAACCUUCUGUGACCACUGUGGAUCGCUACUGUGGGGCCUGCUCAGACAAGGGCUGCAAUGCAAAGUCUGUAAGGUGAAUGUACACAGACGCUGUGAAAGUAACGUGGCUCCUAACUGUGGGGUGGACGCGAGGGGCAUCGCCAAGGUUCUGUCUGACCUGGGGGUCACACCAGACAAGAUCUCCAGCAGUGCCCAGAGGAGGAAAAAGAUAACCCAAGAACCCCAGCAGCCGUUACCAUGUACCCCCCAGGCAGAGGAGGACCGAUCCAAAUCAGCCCCCACCUCCCCAUGUGACCAAGACCUGAGAGAGUUGGAGAACAUACGCAAGGCCCUGUCGUUUGACCAACGUGGACAGGAACACAAGUCGGCCUCAUCCUCUUCUUCCAGCAAGGUGGCGGUGGGCUCAGAGGGGGGCGAGGCCCGGGAGAAUGGAGAGCUCAAGACAGUCCAGACCAAGAGGAUGACGCUGCAGAACUUCCUCUUCAUCAAGGUCCUGGGCAAAGGCAGCUUCGGAAAGGUGAUGCUGGCUGAGCUGAAAGGGACAGAUGAGGUGUAUGCUGUGAAGGUGUUGAAGAAAGACGUGAUCCUGCAGGAUGAUGAUGUGGACUGUACCCUGACAGAGAAACGCAUAUUGGCCCUGGCUAGGAAACACCCCUACCUGACCCAGCUCUUCUGCUGCUUUCAGACUAAGGUAGGAAACACCCCUACCUGACCCAGCUUUUCUGCAGCUUCCAGAAUAAGGUAGGAAA